AUGGACAAGACUCAAAAGUAUAUAAGACUGGAUGAUAAAGUCCAGGCGCUGAGGGACAAUAAGAGGAGGAGUCAAAAUAAGACUCCGAAGUCAGAUUGGCAAAGCUACAAAAGUAAAAAGAGUUAUCCAGUAUCACACAGUAGGAAUAACCGAGCUUCUGACGUCAAAAUGGACCAAAUUAAGCCCCCGAAGAACUUAAUUCUUUCUCGGAAAAGCAUGAACGCGGCGCUGGAUGCCCUCCGAGCUGGGCGACGUGUGUCAGAGGCUACUGAGGAGGUGGCCCAGGUUAUUUCUUCUAGGACAGUUAGCCGACCUCCUGCUCCAACUUCUUCCUGGGCUCCUAAGUCGAGCUCUCGAGGAGCUAGAUCUUCCAGGCCGUCCAGCCGCAGCAGAUCAAGCUCGGCCGUUCCAUCCUCCCAGGCUCCAGCAUCUAGACGAGUUUCAGUUCCAAGGGCGAAGGAGAACCCCAGAUCGCCGCCGGUGGACGCUCGUGACCACUCUUUCGGGGAGUCAGUAGAUCGCCGGAUUGAGGAGGCACGUCUGGACGAGAACCUAUCUGCAACUAGCGAUGCCAGGGGCAAUCUCGCGGCUGCUCGAGAGCAUUUUAGGUCUCUCCAGAUAGAGCUACACAUUGCGUUGGAGGCCCUCAAAAGGGCUGAUGUGAAGACAGCUGAGGCACAGGAGCGUGCCAAUUCCCUAGAAGCGAAGCUGUCUCACACCCGGGGGGUUCUCAAGGAAUCUGACAAGAGGGCAGCUGCAGCUGAGGUCCGCUAUGAAGAGGUUUUGAAGCAGCUGUCCUCCACGGUGGAGGCCCUUCGUGAGAGGGAUGAGGCUAUAAGCCAGAGGGACGAGGCUCGGCGUCAGCACGAUGCCAUGAAGGCCGAUCUCGAAGGAGCUCAAGCUCGUUUUGACAAGAUGAAGGCUCAGAAGGAGGGAGCACUAGCUCAUGUAGAAGUUCUCGAGCAGGAGCUGAGUAAGAGCUCCGAUCGCAUCAGAGAUUUGGCCUCAUCGGCGGAGGAAUCUAAACUUCGCAAUCAAGAGCUCAGCCAUGAGGUCAAGGCUUUGGAACACAGAUGUUCAGCCUUGCUCGAGGACGCCAGACUCGUUGAAGAUAGGAUUCAGCUGGAGUGUGAGAGGCAUCUGAUGGAGUAUAGGGAGUCCCCCGUGCUGAAGAAGGAGAUUGAGCAGGCCUGUGAAGCUCGUCUUCAAGCUUAUAAGGACUCUCCUGAGUUGAAGGCAAAGAUAGCUGAGGCUAGCUAG